AUGGCAGAGCCCAACUUGCAGGAGAUUCACGAUAACCUCGUGGCAAUCGCCUUUGAGGCCGGCCGUAUGAUCACAGCCGCAAAUCCAAACAACAUCACAACCGGAACAAAGCUGAAUUCCGUCGACAUCGUGACCGAGACGGACCAGGCCGUCGAGCGCCUCGUCUCCAGCCGCCUCUCAACCCUGUACCCUUCUUACGCCUUCGUAGGCGAAGAGACCUACGUUGCCGGCGAGACCAAAGUCACCGCGGCUCCCACGUUCAUCGUCGACCCCAUCGAUGGCACGACCAACUUCAUCCACGGCUUCCCGCACGCCUGCAUCUCCCUCGGCUUCGCCGUCGACAAGAUCCCCUCGGUCGGCGUUGUGUAUAAUCCCUUUAUAGACGUCCUGUACACCGCCGUUCGGGGCCAGGGCGCCUACGUGCAGCGCAACGCGGCGCUGGCUGCCAGAGGCCUGCUGAAGAGUGGCGCUGAGGGAGCUGAGAAGGUGCGUCUACCUGCGAGCGGAAGCGGAGAUGGGAGCCAGGCCCCCGCGCUGGGGGACCUGUCGACCGCCCUGGUGGCCGUGGAGUGGGGGAGCUCCCGGGACGGCGACAACUAUGACCUCAAGACGCGCGUCUUCAAGAAGCUGGCCGCGAGCAAGGAGUCGAGCGGCGCCAUGGUGCACAGCCUGCGGAGUCUGGGAUCGGCCGCACUGAACCUUUGUGCGGUGGCCGAGGGGAGCCUCGAUCUGUACUGGGAGGGCGGGUGUUAUGCCUGGGAUGUGUGUGCCGGCUGGACGAUCCUGAGGGAGGCCGGAGGCAUCAUGGCGAGUGGGAACCCUGGUGAUUGGGACCCGGCUUUGGACGCGAGAGUGUACCUGGCAGUCAGGGGGGCACCCAAAGGUCAGCGGGAGAUUGUCGAGGAGUUGUGGGGCGUCAUCGGGGAUGGGAAGAUGGACUACAAGCAUUAAUUGGCGGACCUAUCCACAGCAUAAGCAAUUAUUGCCUGGCCAAGAGAAAACUUGCCCGAGGGAAGACAAGCCUCGGGGCGCGCCCAUAUUUAUUGAGUCGAGUCCAGACACAAAUGAUAACCACACACAGAGGUAGACAAGAGACAGACAGACAGACAGCUUACCAAUAGACUCCAUUGAUGAGACGG